UUCGACCACCAUCUUCUGGGGCGCGCAUUUCGACUCUUCCUGUCUCGCUGCGAGUCUGAUUUACAUGAAUCAUGGCUGGCACCCAGAUCCAUUGCUUCCAUAGCCUCUCGCCUUGCUCCUUGUCGUGAUGCGCAUAUCACGCGAGGGAUCUUCACACUCCCGUCAUAAAGCUACCGUCGCCUGUUCGCGGACGCAAACCCCAUUGCAAUCACAUCCUGCAGGAUCCUAUGCAGUUUUGAAAGCCUCGACGUUGCGCAUGCCGGUCUCGCCCACUGGAAUGCUCGCGAAACGACCUAGAAGAUUCACAGUGCCAUCAGUCGACUGUGCGUUUCCUGGCUGGCGGGGUGGAAUUUCUCGAUACUCCCCGAGGGAUGAAAGUGAAACGGCCCUGCUGGUCUUCGAUACGCGUGGUAAAUACGGAUCUAUCUGAUGGUCCGCAACUGACCGGUCGCAGUCGAUCACCCGGUCAUCAACCCAUUAUCUUACAAGAAGCAGACGGACAUGGUCAGCUGGAUGUGUUACUGCUGCUCUGAUUACUAUCGACGCUCGGAUGGUGAUGCAGCUGCCUUCGACAAUUGUCGGUUAUUGGCCCGCGUCGCGUGCCGCUCAUGGUGCAUCAUCCUCCCAUCUUCGACCUCAUGGAUGAGACUGGCAUGGCCCAAUCAGAAGCCCGGCACGUUUCAGACUUCCCCACGCGAUGAAAUCCCCGGAUGCCCUCCACAUGAGUGAUUGACAAUCAGUGCGGGGAAGCCCUCUGCUGCGACUAUAUAUAGGAUUCACUGCUGCCCAAGAUGUCGUCUGAUGCUCGUCCUUGCUCUGCUCGCUGGGCUCGUCCCGGGUCUCCUUCAGGCUGCACCGGCUUCCUUGGACAGACGGGAUGCCGCCCCGACUGCUGUGUCGCUGAGCAGCAUCAGGGCCACGUUCUCGCCUGCCGCCAUCUUUGCUCGGAUGGCGUACUGCGAGACCACGGCUGUUGCUGCCAUGAACUGCGGGACGCCGUGUGAUGCUGUGGAUGCAAUCGGGGCUGUGGUCACGCAACUGGGAGGAGAUGGAUCAGCGACACCGUUCUACUACGUUGCCGCGGGAAAAGACGGUGUAUUGUAUGUUGCGCACGAAGGCACAGAUCCUAUCCACUUGUAUGCAGCCCUCGUCCGUUCCUCCUUCCAGCCUCUGAUCCUUGGGUGCAGCGAAUCGGUUCUGAAUGACGCGGAACUCGAACUGACUCCCGCCAACAAAUCGUUCUUCCCCGCUGCAAAGGCCGCGAACGUGCACAGCGGAUUCCAGCAGACCUUCAUCCGCACGGCGUCCGCCAUCCUCGCCGCUGCCGAAUCCGCUGUCCGUGGCGGAACGACCGAGGUGGUCGUCACCGGGCACAGCCUGGGCGCAGCGCUCGCCACGAUGACCGGCGCGUAUCUGCGCUCGUCUCUGCCCUCUAGCGUGCACGUGCGUGUCGUCGGAUUCGGGAUGCCCCGGUCGGGGGACCAGGCCUGGGCGGACUACGUCGAUGCGACGGUGCCGGUGACGUUCCUGAACAACCAGCACGACCCUGUUCCGGAUCUCCCGUUCAUCGACUGGGGCUAUCACCACUCGAGCGGCGAGGUACACAUCACGGGCGAUCCCAGCGCCGAUUUCGUGGCGUGUCCCGGCCAGGACAAUCCGAGCAGUGAAUGCUCGACGGACAAUGGACUGGACAUCAGCAUUCUGAAUCACCUUGGCCCGUAUUUUGAUGAUAUCUCGUUCGGCACACUCGAGUGUGCCUUCAGCUUGUAGUAACAGGCAAUUCAUCCAACUCACCUGUAUAGCAUGUACCAUGUUGUUUACAAAAGCCACAGAAGCUGUAUUGUGUAAAUUCUACGUUUAUCACCAUCUCCUCUUCCUGCUCAUCCAGCCACGCACAUCGUGUCAGCGAAUCUGCGGUGGAUGAUAUGGAGAAGUUAUUUUGGUCGGUUUUUCCCAAGGACUGACGACGGGGCACGGAGUAGGUGUUGAUCAUUGUAAGAAAUACGACAUAAGUAUGAAAUAUAUAUCGAUGCUAGUCCGAGCUGUCAGAAAGCGGAUUGAAUUAUAAACUACCAGCGACUCAAAUCCUCUCCGAAGUAGCUUCUCAGC